AUGACACUGGAAAAGACACUCAAGGACGGCAUCUACUCUCCGGUGCCAACAUUUUUCAAAAACGACUCGGCCCAGUCUCUCGACAUUGCCACGCAGCAGGAGCACGCGCGGCUGCUCUAUCGCAGCGGCAUCUCGGGGGUCUUGGUCGGAGGCUCCACGGGCGAAGCAGUCCACUUGCCUUUGGAAGAAAGAGCUGCCAUUGUGAAGUCGAUUAAAGACGCUGUUCCUGAUUCCUCGUUCAAAGUCCUAGCAGGCGGUGUCGGAUCUUGCGUUCCUGAGCUCUGCCACCAGGCUGCUGCCUACAAGGAAAACGGCGCCGAUAUGAUGACCGUGCUUGUCCCUGGCUACUACGGCUCUGCAAUCACUACCCAGCACGGUCUGGAGGCCUGGUUUCACGACCUGGCAGACAAGUCGCCGCUGCCAAUAGUCGUGUACAACUAUCCGGGGGUCCAAAACGGCAUUGAUCUGACGGGCGAGACAUUUUCCAGGAUUGGGAUGCACAAGAAUAUUGUCGGUUGCAAGCUGACCAACUUCAACUUCCCGCUGUACACGAUGCUGGGCCAGAACGACAAGCUCAAGGCGUCCGACUUCACUCCUCUCUCAGGCGUCGGACAGGUUCUUGUUCCGUCGCUUUCUGUGAAUGUGAGCGGAGCAAUCGACGGAUUUUCCAACGUCUUCCCCAAAUGUCUCCUCAGAAUCAUGGAACUGUACAAAGCGCGCAGAUACAAGGAGGCGCUGGAGCUGCAGGACAUGAUCACGAGAAUCAACGAGAUGACGGCUGCCACCAACCUGAUCGGUCUCAAGUACGCUCUCAAGUACAAGUACGGCUUGGGAGAAACCGAGCGCGGACGGCCCCCACUCAACCACUCGAUGGACAUGGACGUGUGGAAAAAACACCUGCCGCUAUUUGAACGGCUCUCUAAAAUUGAGGACUCUUUAUAG